AUGGCAGAAAGCGAUCGCGUGCGCCUACACAUUACCCCCUUCAACGCGACCCUCUUCCAAAACAUCAUUCCCGCCUCCGUCCAACCAAACGCUACAAACAUCUCCUACCACCAAGUGCAAACCUUUCCCGAACGCGGCUUUGGCUUUGUAGAGUUACCCAGACAAGACGCCGACAAGUUGCGCAANAAGCUCAACGGUGCCACCUUGCGAGGACAAAAGAUGGCCAUCCAGGAAGCAAAGCCCGAGAAGCGCAGACGCCGCGACAAGGACGAUGACGCUCAAGAAGAGGCAGAAAAGCAGCCGCGCAAAAAGGCCAAAAAGGAAAAAUCCAGCAAGAAAAAGGAUAAGGAGAUUACUGGUUUCGAGCUUCCGGACGACAGACAAGUAAAGCGCGGAUGGACAGAGGAGCCCGGAAAAUACAACAAGGAUAAAAGGGACAAAUCCCACAAGUCAAGCAGCAGCGACAAGGCCGACAAGAAAGACAAGACGCCAAAGCGCGAAAAGUCAAAAUACUCGUCCAAGCAGGAAGUCCUCUUCAAGCAAAAACUGCCCGAAGCCGUCAUGAUGGCCCANAAAGGCAGAGGGCAAGGACAAGAAGAACAAGAAAUCCAAACAACCAAAAACAUCACCGUCAUCCACGAGUUUGAGAAGAACAAACCCGUGCCUUCGUUCUUGAAAUCCGAUGUUUCGAGCAAGGCUUCUGCGACUGCUGACUUUGUGCCUGGCAAGGGUUGGGUUGAUGCAGAGGGCAACGUUGUGGAGGAGGUGAAGGUCAAGCCGAAACGUGAGGAUAGGAUCGCAAAGAUGACAGAUACGCCUGUUGAGAUCAGAAUCAAGCCUACUGCCCCUAAGGAACCUGCUAUGCACAAGGACAUCACCGCUGGCGCAAAGGCGCUAGGAUACGACUCGUCGAGUGACGAGAGCUCGGACGUGUCUUCCGAGAGCGAUGAAGAGAUGACUGACGACAGUGAUGAUGAUGACGAAGCAGACGAGGAAGCAGAGGAAGCCAAGGAAGCCGAACAGGAAGAAAUCGCAGAAGAGAUAAAGGAAGGUGCCGAAGAGNNAUUGCUACCCCAGCACCAACAGAGCAACAAGACGAGCCGUCAGCAGACUCCUCUGAUUCCUCAUCAGACGACGACACACCAGCCGAAAAGACUUCGACGCCUCCACCUGCCCAAAAAUCUCCUUCACCAGACACAAUGGACGCAAAACCAAGCNACCCCACCCCGCGAGAUCCACCCUUUGGAAGCCCUCUUCAAGAAGAAGGCCCCUACGGACACCACUCCCCGCCCCGCACCGAUCAACACCUCCUUCUCCUUCGGCAUCUCCGAAGACAUUGACGAAGACAUGGACGACUUUGACGCCUCCACCUACCCAUCCACCCCUUACACCCGCACCCGCGACAUACGCUCUGCAGCACCCACCCCCGACACAGCCGCCAUCGGCCGCAAAUUCUCCUUUUCAUUUGCCAACCAAUUCGCCGACGAAGACGUUGAAGAAGGCUACGAAGACGACGAGCAAGACUGGCAACACAAUGCCAACAUGGAGCCUUUGGGAAUCAAAGAAAAGGGCGAGGGAGAAGCAGAAGAGGAAACAGAGUUUUCAAAGUGGUUUUGGGAGAACAGGGGUGAUAGCAAUAGGGCUUGGAAGAAGAGGAGGAGGGAUGUGAUGAAAGUCAAGCGUCAAAGAGAGAAUAGGAGGGUUAGUAGACGUAUUGUGUAG